UUACUCACUCGCGGAGAGAGUUAGCGGUGGUUGUUGUUUCUCGGGUCAGGUCGGAGGGUUCUUUAGAGGACAGUUAACCAUGGCCCUGAGGGUGAUCCGGCUGGUCAUCCCUGCGGGAGCAACUGCUUCCCAAGCGGUGAUUGCUACACAGAAGGCAGGUGUUCACACAAGCUCGGUGAGGAGCCUACGGUAUGGCUGGUUGGCCUAUGCACUGGGUGAAAGGACGACCCCACGGUUGACUGAGACCAGCAAAAUCAUCUCCGUGGAAGGAAACCUGGCCUCGGGGAAAGGAGCAUUGGCCCAGAAGCUGGCCGACAAACUAGGGAUGCUCUACAUGCCUGAGCCUGACACUUUCUACAUGGACAAGAUGGCAGGAGAGAAGGAGCCACUCCCCCUGGACUUCAACGGCAUGUGCAGCCUGGAGAGGUUUUACGCGGACCCCAAAGCUACUGAUGGAAACAGCUACAGGCUGCAGCUGUGGAUGUACGCCAUGAGGCUGCUCCAGUACUCCAAUGCCAUCGAACACAUGAUCACCACAGGACAAGGAGUGAUCCUGGAGCGUUCCCCCUUCAGCGACAUGGUCUUCCUGGAGGCCAUGUUCAAAGAGGGUUACAUCAGGAAGGAGUGUGUGCAGCACUACAACGAGAUCAAGGACAUCAGCAUCUGCGAGUUCCUGCCUCCGCACCUCAGCAUCUACAUCGACGUGCCGGCCGAGGAGGUGCAGACGAAGCUGAAACAGAGCGGCAAGAACGUGCCCCUGAGCUAUCUGAAGAGCAUCGAAGACAGCUACAAGAAGUCUUUCCUGUCCAACGUCACCGACUCGUCGGAGCUGCUCGUUUAUGAUGCGACCCAAGCCCAAGAUGUUGAGAGGAUGUUGGAGGACAUGGAAGAUCUGAAGUUUGAAAAAGUGCCGUGGCAGAAAAUGGACGACAUUAGCUACCACAACCUGAGAGUGCUUGUGGAAGACAAAUGGCGCGUCGCCGGCCUGACCGUCAUCCCCAAGUUCCUGCCUGAGAUAACCAUCGGAGCCCACGACUUUAAUGACAAAUACUACGCCUACAGAGGGCUUCUUGGGAAGAAUUAUGCACCGGGUUAUAAUGCAGAUGUUGGAGACAAGUACAUCUGGCUGAAGUGAACGAGGUCCCGGGCCUGUCUACUCGUCCGUCUCCCCCUCCUCCUCCUCCUCGUCUGACUGAUCAGCUCUCUGGGUGAACUCUGCACUGCUCAUGUAGUAUUGAUCCAGCUGUCUCCUUGUUGUACAUGUGUGUAUUAAAAUAAUACAUUUUGAAUCUA